AAAUUAGUCAGAAACCUGUAGGAUCAGUGUAAUCAGUUCAGGUGUACUGUGCUAACGAGUAUAAUAUACAUAUAUAUAUUACCGCUACCGUACGGGAUUCUACGCAAUACAAUAAUAAUAUAAUAUUUCGUGUCCGUUUAUUGUGCUUUCGAAGUUCAGUAGUCGUUCCGACGGUGCACUACUCAGUCGCCGACUUUCCAGAUACAUCGACAGACCGACGUAAUAUUUUCAACGAACGUAUACCCGCGCCGGUUCGCACCGAUCCACAGGACAUCGACAUCGUCAUAGAACCAUUCGCAACGCCGAAUCCCCUCGAGUACUGUUUACCGUUUGAUGGUUGGUAACGCGCAGUCAACAAUGUUGAAAUCCAGUAUGUCGUCGAACAAGAUUUUGUCGUUGAACGAGUGCAGGAAGCCGUCCAUGAAGAUGCUCGCCGCUUUUGGCCUGGACACGUCGCCGCUGAGCGCGGAAACGUGCGCACUGGCCGAACGCGAACUCCGCGAGACACCGGAACAGGUGCAGAAGUCGUUGGCCGAACUCCGCCAAUUGCUCGAAGAAAAGAACACGAUGACGUACAAGGACACCGAUGAAUAUUUGACGAUAUUCUUGAGACCGACCCAUUUCUACGCCGAGAGUGCAUACAAUCUGAUGAAACGUUUGGCUACGUUCAAAGAAAAAAACGAAAAAAUCGUCGCCAACCCUUUGCCGAGAGAAGAGAAGAAACUGUUCACCGAAAACAACGUUGUCAAUGUACUCGUCGACAGAGAUCAAAAGAACAGGAGAGUGUUAAUCAUAAACAUGGGUUCGGCUUGGGACCCGAAAAGUCUUAACAGCGAACAAUUGUUCAAAGUCCUUUAUCUGAUCCAAAUCGCAUCACUUGUGGAAGAAGAGACUCAAGUCCGCGGCGCAGUCAUUAUAAUCGACUUCCACGGGCUGUCCACCAAACAGGUCAUGGCCAUGUCACCGUCGUUCGCAAUGACACUGCUUCUUUACAUCCAAGAAGCCAUGCCACUCCGUAUGAAGGAAGUACACAUUGUUCGUCAGCCAUUCUUGUUUAACAUGGUGUGGCCAAUGUUCAAACAAUUUGUCGGCGAAAAACUCAAGAAACGCUUGUUUUUCCACGGAAACAAGAUGUCGUCUCUGCACAAGCACUUGGACGCUAACAUGCUCCCCGAAGACUACGGUGGCAAGAAACCCAAGUUGAACUACUCGAGCGCCGAUUGGUACCCUGUAUUGCAGGACCUCCAAAGCUACAUCGCAGAUUGGAACACGUAUGGAUUGAAAAAGUAAAGAAGACACCACUCGGAAAAACGGCUUAUGAAGUUGUUUGAUCACUCGGGCAGUAAACUGAAUACGAUACUCUACAUAUUUAUUGGAACUCAUAGAAUAAUAAAAAAUAAUAAUAAUCAAAAAAUAAAAACCUUUCGAUGGUAGCAAUAUUAUAUGGGACUAGAUUUAAUGAGUUUUAUAAUAUUAUUAUCAUACUAAGUUUUAAUGGUGCCACUAUAAAAGGCAAGGUGUUUUAAAAAUGGCACGGUUUUAAUUCAUUUGCGCGUUUUUUUGUAAACCACAAACUAAGUUUUCACCUCGAUGUUGUCAUAAUUUUUAAUAUUUAUUUAUUUAAUAUACAAUAAUAUAUAUACAUAAAUAUGUAAGUUUAUUUAAAGAAAAAUAAAUGAAUAUAUUUAUGAUUUGAUUAUUACACGGGCUUUUAGUUGUGCAUUCAUAUACAAAUGCAACGGUUAGUCGUCAUAUAUUUAUAAUAAAUUUCAUUUCAGAUAAUAUGAAAUCGUUUCUUAAUGGAUUUAUUUCUCUUCAACUUUUUCUAUUUUAUACCUAUUUUUUUUUUAAUACUAUCUCUUUUAAGAACACAUAUGUUACCUAUAGUUGUUUUAUAGAACUUUUAUUUUUAAGUUGUAUUUUAUAUUCAUAUGAAUAGUUUUAGAAUAUAUUAUAGCAAUUCGAUGAUUGGAAAAAUAUAUAAAAAUAAUAUUUUUUGUAUUCAAUUAUAUUUUAAGUAUAUUAUACUCGAAUUUAAACAUGUCGAUAUUAAUUUAUAAUGGAUAUCAAUAACUUUGCGGUUGUGAACAUUUAAACAUAUUAUUAUAUUUUAAACGAAAAUAAAAAUCAAUUUAUGAUACCAUA